GCCUUGCAGCUUGAUGGCAUGCUGGUCUUGGGCGUGCCUGUGUCCAUCAAGCGGCCCAACGAUGCAGUGAGCCCACUGGGCAUGAUCGGCGGCGUGCCGGUGGGCAUGCAGAUGCCGGGCCAAGGCGGCAUGCUGGCCUUGCCAUCAGCGCAGGUCAGUGCCACCAGCCCGGUGAUUCGCAUUGAUGAGAUCCUGAAGGUGGAUGAGAAGACAACAGAUGAUGACUACAAUGACGUGAAGGAGGACAUGCAGGAGGGUUGUGGCGCUCAUGGCAAGCUGGUCUUCGUGGCCAUUGUCAAGCCUCACCAUGCGCAGGGCAACGUCAGCUUGAAGCCGGGCGACGUCUUCCUUCAGUGCUGCACCACGGACGAUGCAACCAAGAUCAUGCGGGCCAUGGGCCACCGCAAGUACGAUGGCAGGCAGAUCCAGAUGACCUCCUUCGAGGAGGGCAAAUUCAUGAGCGAGAUCAAGCCGCUCUUCUGAGCUGGCAAAUUCUAAGCCGGGCUUUCAUUUAUACAUUCCGAAAGCGAAGACCAUGCUGUUCAAGGUCGACGCCAAGCAUUACGCUGAAUGUAUAUAUGCUGUGUACUCAUG